GACUAGGUAAAUUAUUCAUUUUCAAUAUGGGGUUUGAUUGAACCGACAUAGACACCAAUAUGCGAAUGGGCUAAAUGUGUUCAAUCUAGGCAAUAUGAUUAGCAUAAAUUGUGCAGAUCGAUGAGAAUUGUAUCAAUGGCCUAACUCGGGAUUCGCAGGGUUACCCCUUAAAAUCUUCUCGGUACCUGCAUUUAAAGGGUUCACUUCCAUCCCUUCAUUUUCGCGUAUCACGAUUCUAUCGAUUUACUCUCACCAUAUAAAAAUGCUCGAACUGAUCUCCCUAACGUGUCUCUGGUUAGCGGCCAGCGCAUCAGCAGAAUGCAGUCGCGCGCUCCUCAAAAACGCAACCGAGCAAUACGUCUCAGCCCAGAGCAGCGGCCAAAUCGACGUCUUCACCGCGUUGGCGAGUAACCUGACAUACACAGAAAACGAAAAACCCCUCGACAUCAAGACCGGCGUGCUAUCGCAGCCCAUAAAGCUCGACCAGAACCUCAGCAUCCACGAUCCCACUCUCUGCGCGACGUUCACGCAACUCAUCGCCGCUAGCGCGGAACACCCGUACGUCAUAGGGACUAGAAUGCUUCUUACGGGCGAUAAAGUCACGACGAUUGAGUCGAUCGUGACGGACGAGGGAGACUGGCUGUUUAAUGCUACGGGGUACCUGCAUUGGGCCUCGCAGGAGAACUGGGACCCGAUCCCCGAGGACAAGCGCGAUAGUCGGGAAGUCAUCCAGGCCGCGGGAGACGCGUACUUCAACCGGUUCCAGAGCGUGAACGUCAGCGUUCCGUUCGGGACGCCUUGCGCGCGGCUCGAGGGCGGGGCGUACACGGAUACGAGCGGUGCUGGGGGGAAUACGUGCAGUCUAGGUCUACCGUCUGAUCUGACGGUUAGCAAUCGUCGGUAUGUCGUUGAUGAGGAGAUGGGGGUCGUGGAUAUCUAUCUCGGGUUCCCGGGGCUCGAUCGCACGGUUGUGGAACAGGCGAUGCCGGAUAGUCAUGCGUUUAGGGUCGAGGGGGGGAAGAUCCGGUAUAUACACACUGUUUCGUCGUGUGUGAAUGCGGGGUGUGGGUCGAAUUUUACUAUUAUUCCGACUCGGUAUCGGAGAGUUCGUCGCUUGAGCAAAUUGUACUAGGUUGGAUUGGUAGGUCACACUACUGGUGGGCAAAUACUGGUAUGAUUGCUACCUAGAGAACAUUAGGGAUUUCGUCUACUUAGCUAGCUAUAUGAUAAUAUCACAGGUGAACUUACGAAAUUAGGCUAGGGCUUUAUCUAGUUUCAUACAAUACCUACAGGCAGAUUUGGUAUAGGUCUCUG